UUAGAUGACUGAAGCUCAGGCUCAGCGCUUGGAAAUGCAACUGAGCCACCGUAUGAAAGCUCCUCCUCCGUCGCUCUCCGUAGCCUUCGCGUUAUGGAAUCUCAACCCUUAAAUUUGGAAAACGAUGCAAUGGAGUUCGAUGUGGGUUCUGGUGAAGAAGAAGAAGAAGACUACAAGCACAUCUCAUCUGCCUUGGAUUCAGGAGACCAGUGCUCUUCUUCCGACCUAGAACCCUAUGAGGGCAUGGAAUUCGAAUCUGAGCAGGCUGCUCGAAUUUUCUACAAUUCCUAUGCACGCAGAGUCGGGUUUGGGACUCGGGUCAGUGCUUAUCGACGUUCACGUCGCGAUAACACUAUUAGUAGCCGCCAAUUGGUGUGUUCCAAAGAGGGCUUUAACCCUAGGCCUGAUGAACAACACAAACCCAGGCGUCAGCGAAUUGUCUCUAGGGUCGGUUGUAAGGCUCACUUGACUGUCAAGAAACAGGCUUCUGGUAAAUGGGCUAUUACUACAUUCGUCAAAGACCAUAAUCAUGAGCUUGUACCCCCUGAUCAAGUCCACUUGCUUCGAUCACAUAGGCAUGUCUCUGGUCCUGCCCGCAGCUUGAUUGAUACCCUCCAAGCUGCUGGUUUGGGCGCUACUCGUGUUAUGUCUGUCUUAAUUAAGCAAUCUGGUGGCAUUAAUAAUGUUGGUUUCACUAAAUCUGAUUGCCAGAAUUAUAUGAACCAAACCAGGCAGAGGACUCUAGGUACUGGUGCUCACUAUAUCCUUGAGUAUUUGAAGCAGAAGCAGGCUGAGGAUCCCGGUUUCUUUUAUGUUGUUCAAGGUGGUCCAUCAGGGAACAUCUUUUGGGCCGAUUCAACCUCCAGAAUGAAUUAUUCUUAUUUUGGAGAUACUGUUACAUUUGAUACCACUUAUAGGACUCAGCGAUUCCGGGUGCCUUUUGCCCCAUUUAUAGGAGUAAACCAUCACUGUCAACCAGUUUUAUUUGGCUGUGCCCUGCUUCUCAAUGAAUCAGAGUCAUCAUUCAUUUGGCUAUUCCAAAAUUGGCUUGCUGCAAUGUCUGGUCGCCAUCCUGUUUCUAUAACUACUGACCACGAUAGGAUCAUCAGGUCAGCAAUUGCAGACGUAUUUCCAGGCGCUCGUCACCGCUUUUGCAAAUCCAAUAUUUUUAGACAAGUACAGGAGAGGCUCGCGCAUUCACUCCAGUCAUUUCCCAUUUUUGAAGCAGAAUUCCAGAAAUGUGUCAAUUCGGCUGAGACAAUUGAGGAGUUUGAAUUGUGCUGGGAGUCCCUUCUUGGAAGAUACAAUCUCAAGGAUGACGAAUGGCUUCACUCGAUGUAUGAUGCUCGACAACACUGGGUUCCAAUUUACCUUCGAGAUACAUUCUUUGGGGAGACAUCUAUUGCUAAAACUAGUGACUGUACAAACUCAUUCUUCGAUGGAUAUAUAGAUGCAUCGACUAACAUUCACAUCCUAAUGACUCAGUAUGAAAAAGCUACUGCCAGUAGACAUGAGAAGGAGGUAAAGGCGGAGAAUGAUACCAUAAAUAUUUCUCCUAUUUUGAAGACCCCAUCUCCCAUGGAAAAACAAGCAGCUAAUCUUUAUACAAGGGAAAUAUUUUUGAUGUUUCAACAAGAACUAAUGGAGACUUUGGCUUACCCUGCAACUGUAAUUAAUGAUACAAGACCAGAUGUAGUGUAUCAAGUGGCAAAGUUUGGAGAGGACCAUAAAGUUCAUUAUGUCCAAUAUAAUGUCUUUGAGAAGAAAGCUAGCUGCAGUUGCCAAUUGUUUGCCUUUUUAGGUAUUCCAUGUAAGCACAUUUUAGCUGUUUUUAGAGUGAAAAACAUUCUGAGGCUUCCAUCUCACUAUGUACUAAAACGUUGGACAAGAAAAGCCAAGAGCGAGGUUGUAUUGGAUGAAGACGAUCUUGGAUUGCCAAGUAGUCAUAAUGAGUCCUUCACUGCCCGCUUUGAAAAGUUAAGCCUAGAAGCAACUAAAUAUGUCAAAGAAGGAGUGGAUUCGGAAAAUGUGUACAAAGUUGCUAUGGAUGCUCUACGUGAAGCUUCCAAGAAGGUUGCAGCUGCUAUGUGCAGUACUCCAGCACCACCGAAGAGUCUAGACAGGAACAAAGCAAAGGAAUUCAACUUGAAUGGAAAUCAAGCUGGCUGUGGUGACUCCUGCUUGGUGAGUCAAGAUGAGAAAAUUCUGGAAUUAACAACUGCUGUGGUAAAUGCAACUGAGAUAUGUGAAGCUUAUCGAGCAAAACUGUUGAGUAUAUUGAGAGAAAUGGAGGAGCAGAAGCUGAGAAUAUCUUUGAAGAUACAAAGUAUGAGGUUUAAUCAAAUGACUUGAGCUAUAGAAGGCACUUCAAAUUCUUUGUAUAUAUAUACACUCCAUUGGGGAAAAACUUGUGACUCCCAAGUGUCGCAAGUCCACUUUUUGCCUGUCAGGAUUGCAUGUGUUAUCAUCUUGCUAUGGAGGAGAAAUUACAAUGUAACAGUUUCCGUCUAUAUGGUUGAAUUAGAUCUGACCCGAGAGCUGUAUUUUGGUAGAGGGGGUAACUGGGUGUUGUACGUGGAUGAACUGCUUUUGUAUCAGCUACGCGGCCUUUUGUUCUUUACAAGUGAGGUAUUGAUUAAUGUCGAGGACUUGUCUUAUGUAUAUACGUCUAAUGAUAUAUGUAGGCAGCAGCACGGUAUUUUCUGAAUCCUUAUGCAAGGAAUCACAAAAAUAGUUCUUUCA